AUGGCAGGCCCUCCCAAACACGACAGUGCAUGCAGAACCCCAUUCCGAGGUUGUGCAAGAUUAUGUCUUCAAUGGCUUCCCAUGACCUCCCAUGGUAUAGAUUUUGGGUACUUCAGCAAAUCCACAGCCUCCCUGAUCGACUAUUUCUGUCCUUGCCGAACAUCAACUGCCACACAAACAUCACUGGCUCAAUUUGGAGUGCACAGAUUAUUCCUUUGUAAGGGGUCUGGCCAGGGCCCAGGGCCGAGAACAAUCGACAGCAUUACAGAAGCGUUACUGCAGGCCCACUACAUUGUUGUGAACGAAAACUACGAGGCAUAUCAAUCUGCGAAGGAGCUGGUAUUUAACAUCGUUGGUUGGCAAACCAUGCUCUAUCGGGCCAACAACCUGACCCGCACGACCGACGGCUUAUCUAUUCUUGAUGAAAUCUUCAUUCUGGGAUUUGGCAUGAUGCUACCACAGAAGAAUUACUAUUCAUUUGACGACACCGAGGACCGAAAGCUGUUUAAUGCAAUGAAACUGGUCAAUGUGAAAGAGAUAAAUGCUCACGUGCUGUACAAGGUUUGUGGCGUGAAGAUCCAGUGGGCAGACCGGGACUUUGUUUCUUUAUCGAUAUGCUUCAUUCUGCGUUGCGAGCCUCCAGAGCAAGAACCAAUGUGGAAACUCAUACCAAAGCCCGUUAUCCAGUGCUGCGGGGUAGACGCUUCAAGUUCGUUGCCUUGGGCUAACGAGGCCGAUAUUAACGAUUUACUGCGUGAAGUCUUACUAUCGUACCGGUUACUUUUCGGUCAGAGCAGACGCUCGAGGAAGCUUUUCCGACGGCUACGACCUUUUGCGCAGACAUCACAAGAACUGCAUGAUCGAUUCCUAUUUGAUAUGUGUACCAAGAAGGAACCAAAAUGUUCAAUUAAUCUUAUCGAACACGAGCAAUACGAUCUGGUUGGCGACUUCCCUCACCUCCGCAGCCGGCUCAUGCGUCUCAACAACUAUGCCACAGCCAAAAAGCCGCGUUCUGUUCGGCAGCUAUGGAAGGAUAAACGCGACUCUACAGCCUGCCUGGCAUUUUGGAGCGUCAUUAUCAUCGGGUCGAUUGGUAUUUUGUUGGGGUUGAUUCAGACAGUGCUCCAAAUUAUGCAAUACACCCUGACUAUUCAACAAGGAAAAUGA